GUUAUUAGUGUGCCGGGCCAUCUAUUAUUCGGGCCUUGUGAGAGGAUGUAAAUCCUGUCCCUACAGGGAGUCUGGUAUACCACUCCACUACAAGGGAUCUAUCAUCCACUCUAUAAAGCCAAAUCGUAUUUGGUGUGGCGGGGAUAUCACUCAGGGGAACGGAUUUGGAGGCGAAUCGAUCUACGGCCAUCGAUUUCCCAAGGAGGACUGCAUCAGGAAACACGACCGUCCAGGUGUCCUCUCUAUGUUCAGCUGCUCUGGUGGAAACCACACCUCUCAAUUCAUGCUCCUCAUGAAGGAGUCCCCUGGCUACGACCGCGAGCACGUCGCGUUUGGACAAGUUUUGGAAGGCUUUGAUGUGAUCUCUCUUGUUGAGCAAUUGGUUGGUAAUGAAUUUAGGAACCCUUCCCUGCCCUUGACAAUCGCCAACUGCGGUCAGAUUCUUCCCGAGUCUGACAAAUCUGGCGGUUCUGUGUCAACAAUGGCAGGUUACUCUACCCUUAUUCCAGGCUCCGCCACUGCGGCCGUCACUUAUCAGAAGUUGCUGAAGCAGGUGCGAGAUACCCAACUGAAGGUGGGGGAGAUGGAGGCCGCAGCGGCAAAGCAGACCUUGGCCUAUCAAAGUGAAUAUGACAAAGACAAUGCACUGGGUGCGCUGGUAAAGGAACAUCUGGUACGUUGCAGAGGGUCUACAAAUAAUAAGGGUAGCAAAGACUUGUUGGAGAAGAGGCUCAAAGCUGGAUAUGAAUAGGUUCUUAAGUUCUUUAUAUUGACAUUGUGUCCGCCUGAGAUCAUAAGGCAGCUUUUACUUUUCAGAUUUGUCCCUUUUCGGAUCUUUCUCUACCUUGUCUUUGUUUUCGUUGUUGGUUGUGUUUCUUUUUUUUUUAUUGGUUGGUUCUUCGUUUGGUGUUGUUACCUUCUAGUUUUAAACUGGAUACCAUUUUUAUAGUCUGCUAAGCUUUGAUCAAGAGUCUUCCAUUCUUUCUA